AUGGAAUCCAUUGAUUCUACCUCCGAUUUGGGAGAAUUCUUUAUUCUUGAUGAUAUCGUAACUGUAAGGGCGGCCGAUGUACAUCAAGUCCCCCUUCUUGCCUACCCUCGGCCUGGCAAGGGUGUGGCUGAUUUCGAACUUUUCACUGGCCAAAAUCUGGACAGAUUUGUUGAUCAAGCUGCCAAAGAAUAUAUACGGCGUGGUUGUGCACCGGAUCAAGGCCAAGUAAUUGCCCUUGCAGGUCCAUCCGAUCUCGAUUAUGUGGUAUCAUUAUUUGCGUUGAGUAGAUUAGGAUAUACUGUUCUGCUCCUUUCACCAAGACUCGCAGCACUCGCCAUCACAAAUCUUCUCAAGAUGACAAAUUGUGAUACUAUAAUCUAUCCGAAUCUAUCUAUGCUCGUUUCAAACUUAUCGCAAGCCAAGAACGAUUUCCUUCCAAGAGAACUGAGAAUGAUUUCUAUGGCGACGCGUGAAAUAUACGACAGGCCUGGAGUACUAGAGGAGCCUCGUUUUAUCAGAAAGUUUGACAAGCAUGAGGAAAGGAAGAAGGUAGCGAUAAUAUGUCACUCUUCAGGCUCAACGGGUCUCCCGAAACCAAUCUAUCAGCCUCACAAUCGCUUCAUUGCUACUGUUUCUAACAGAGAAGGAACUUGUGAAUUCACAACAUUCCCUCUAUAUCAUAGCUGGGGUAACAAACACAUCACCAAUACGAUGUGGAUACGGAAAACUAUGUAUUUGCACAGUGCUACAGUGCCAAUGACAGCAGAUGGAAUGGUUGAAGUCUUGCAAAAGAUUAAGCCUUCUGUUUUGCAUGCUGUGCCAUAUGCUUUGAAACUGCUUGGAGAAAGUCGGAAAGGAGUUGAAGAGAUGGCGAGUUGUUCUGAGGUUCUUUACUCGGGAAGUCAAUGUCCGGAUAGUCUCGGUGAUUAUCUCACAAGCAAAGGUGUGAUUUUGAACACAUUAUUUGGCGCGACAGAGUUUGGCUCUUUUGGUUCAAGCAGAGGACGUGCGCCAGGUGAUCACAGUUGGAACUAUCUUCGAAUUCUGCCCUCAGUACAACCACACGUAUACAUGAAGCCAAUUGGCAACAAUUCGUACGAAAGUGUCUUUUUAUCAUCUUUGUCACAGCUAGUAACAACGAACUCGGAUGAUCCACCAGGAUCUUAUCAUUCUAAGGAUAUCUUCACACCUCAUCCUACUAUCCCCAAUGCUUGGAAAUAUCUGGGCAGAAUUGAUGAUCGGAUUACAUUAAUCAAUGGAGAAAAAGUUCUCCCGACACCGAUAGAAGGACGCAUUCGACAUGAAUUACUUGUUAGAGAAGCAGUGGUCUUUGGGAUCGAUAAAGCUUUACCAGGUCUUCUAGUUAUACGCUCAGAAGCCGCGCGAGUAAUUUCGGAUGAGGAAUUUAUUCAUGGCAUUUGGCCUGCAAUUGAAGAGGCAAAUGCAAACGCAGAAAGUUUCUCUCAAAUAAGCAGAGAAAUGAUACUCGCUCUCCCGGCUGGAACAGAGUAUCCGGUGACCGACAAAGGAUCUAUCAUUCGCGCUCAGAUGUAUCGCCAAUUUGCCGAACAGAUAGAAGAAGUCUAUCAACGAUUCGAAGAAGCCGAGAUGGGAACUCUAGAACUCGAAGGAUCGGAAUUGGAACAAUAUAUUUUGAGGAUAUUUGUUGAGGAUUUAGGCAUCCAGCUUUCAGGUCUCGCAGAUGACUUCUUCACUGCGGGUAUGGAUAGUCUUAAAGCUAUUCAAGCGAGAGGCUUGCUUCUGAAAAAACUUUCCAUGGGUGGUAAUGUUCGAAAUCUUAGUCAAAAUGUCGUGUUUGAGAGUUCCAAUAUUGCUGGGUUGGCGAAGAAAAUAUGUGCGAUUCGAAAGGGGGAAGAGGUGACAGAUACUGAAGACGUGUUUGAAGCUAUGAGGAAAGCAAUUGAAAAAUACUCGAACUUCAAAUCACAUACUCCAGGUGCGAGUAGUUCUGAGAAGACAUUUGUGGUUCUUACAGGAGCCACGGGCUCUCUGGGCGCUCAUAUUCUCGCACAACUCUUGCUUAAUGAUGAGGUACAUAAGGUAUAUUGUCUAGUGCGAGGUGAACAUCCACAUGCGAGGAUACAAGAAUCUUUGACUAAAAGAGGCCUUGAUGGAAUUUCCUCCGAUCCAAGAAUCAUAGGAUUAACAAGCAAUCUCAGUGGUUCUACUCUCGGUCUCGAGAAUUCAACACUCCAGGAAAUCAAAAACAAAACCACCCACAUAAUCCACGCAGCCUGGGCCGUAAACUUCAACGUCGGCUUCUCAGCCUUCGACAACGAUCUCGCCGGCCUCCACAAUCUCAUCCAACUAUCCCUCUCCAUCUCCUCUCCAUCCCCCGCACGAUUUUUCUUCUGCUCUUCCAUCUCCGUAGCAUUGGGUACCAAUCCCCCUGCCAGCAUCCCGGAAGCCCUCGUCGAAAUUUCUCAAUGCUCACCCAGCGGUUACGCGCGCUCCAAAUGGGUCGCUGAACAAAUUACCUCUAUAGCAUCUUCCCAAUAUGCAGCUCACGCACACAUAUUACGUAUUGGACAGAUAGCCGGAGAUACAAAAUUGGGUAUUUGGAAUGACACGGAAGCUGUACCGCUCAUUAUUAGAUCUGCACUCACGCUUGGGAAACUCCCAAUGUUGGAUCUUGUACGUACUGUCCCAUUACCUUACACACACACAUACACACACACACACAUAUCCCACCGUCCAUCCCCUAGAAAAUCCCCAAAACUCAAUACUAACCAACCCGCAGCAAUGCACCUGGCUCCCCCUCAACACCCUCACCUCCACAAUCCUCGACCUAACCUUCCUCUCCUCCCCCCACAACCCAUCUACAACCUCCUCUCCCCCCACCCAUUCCCCUGGACACAAACUCUCCUCCCCCUCCUCCAAUCCCACAAUCUCCCAUUCGUCCCCUGUCCCGUAGAAGAAUGGAUCGAAACUCUCAAACAGAGCGCGAAGAGUAUGAGUACGAGUAUGAGCACAGUAAGAGAAAAUCCAACGGUGAAGUUGGUGGGGUAUUUCGAGGGGGUUUAUGGACGGGGAUAUAUACAGACACGAGGGAAAGGGAAUAUAGAAUUUGAGAUUGGGAACGCGGAGAGGGAUAGUGGGAGUUUGAGGAAUGCGCCGGAUUUGGUGGAAGGAGGGUAUGUGGGGAUGGUUUUGGAGAGGUGGAUGGAGGGGUGGGUGGGGAAGGGGAAGGGGAUGGAGGCGUUGUAG